AAGCGGCCGGGCGGAUGUUGUGAGCCGCCGCGGCGGAGGCGGAGUGUGGCGGGUCCGGUCCGGUCCGCUCCGCGUCGGGGCUCCUGGCAUCGAGGCGGCCGGCCGGUCGGGAGAGAGGAGCCUCCGCGAAGAAGGCGACCGGGAUCACUGACUGUUCACUGAGAUAUGAAGAAUGUCGUCAAAGGGAGCCAGCACGUCCCACUCUCGCAAGAGUUACAGGUUGACCACUGACUCUCAGGAGCAAAAAAUUUCAGGGAUUGUGCACGAGAAGUUGCUGAAUGACUACCUCCAGCGCAUCUUCCCGAGCCCUGAUGGGAUUCCUUCGGCAGCUGCCAACAGGAAACCCUUGACUUUCCAGAAUCUCCAGGAACAUCUGGACCAAGAGCUCAAGGAGGACAAUGGUGCUCAGGAGAGGCAAGAUCGGAUGGUAGAAGGGAGACUUGGACCCUCCACUGUAGUUUUGGAUCACACGAGUGGAUUUGAGGGGCUGCUCCUGGUUGACGAUGACCUCCUUGGGGUUAUUGGACACAGUAACUUCGGCUCCAUCCGAGCCACCACCUGCGUGUAUAAAGGGAAAUGGAUCUACGAGGUGCUCAUCUCUUCUCAGGGCCUCAUGCAGAUUGGCUGGUGCACUCUCAGCUGCCGGUUUAACCAGGAAGAGGGAGUUGGAGACACCCCCAACUCUUACGCUUACGACGGGAACCGCGUGCGCAAAUGGAAUGUGACGACAACCAACUACGGCAAGUCGUGGGCCGCGGGGGACGUUGUGAGCUGUAUGAUUGACCUGGACGAGGGGACCAUCACUUUUGCUCUGAACGGUGUGUCUCUGGGGAUAGCGUUCGAUACCAUCUCCAGAGGCUACGGCAUAGCUUACUUCCCGGCCAUCAGUCUGUCUUUCAAAGAAUCAGUGGCGUUUAACUUUGGCAGUCGCCCACUCCGAUAUCCCGUGGAAGGCUACAGACCCCUGCAGGGCCCGCCUCGGGCUGACUUGAUGAAAGCCCGGAAGCUGCUGGGCUACCUGAAGAACGUCCUGGAAGUGGGACUCGAUGUGUCGGAGGGGAAGCUGGUUGAGCAGCCAAUGGCGGCUUGGCAUCUCCAGGGAGAGCCCACAGUCCUGAUCACCUUGGCUCACAUCUUUAACCAUUUUUCUCCGCUCUUGAGCAAAGUGUACGUGGUGGAGGAUGUCCUCAUGACCUUCCUGUUGAGCAUCCUGGAGCUUGGUGGGCCGCUAGAGGCCCAUCCGUUGGUGAAUCAACUUCUGGAUGUCAUGUGGCUGCUUAUGGAGGAUUACGAGGUCCACGAGUGCCUCAAACAGUUGAUGAUGUCCCUGCUUCGGGCGUACAGGUUCUCCCCGAUCGUGCCAGACCUGAGCUUGCAGAUUCAUUACCUGCGUCUCACCUUCGCAGUCCUGAAGCACGAGAAAUCUCGGAAGUUUCUUCUUAACAAUAUUCUAUUUGACGUGCUGCGCUCCGUGGUCUUCUUCUACAUCAAGAGUCCCUUGCGGGUGGAGGAGGCUGGUCUGCAAGAGCUCAUCCCUACCACAUGGUGGCCAGAUCGGUCCAGCAAAGAGGGAAAAGACACUAAGGGCGUGAAGGAGGAGGAUUCCGAAGAGCGGCUGAGGCGCCGGGCCUAUGAGAGAGGCUGCCAGAGGCUGAAGAAACGCAUCGAAGUGGUUGAGAGACUCCAGGUUGAGAUCCUGAAGUUACUGCUAAACAACAAAGACAAAAACGGGGGUGAAGCCUCCAGAUAUAUCUUCAUGAGCAAGUUUCGGAAGUUCUUGCAGGAAAAUGCCAGCAACCGCGGGAACCUGACCGUCCUCUGCCCCCCAGAGUACAUGGUGUGCUUCCUGCAUCGGCUCGUCGCCGCCUUGAGACACUACUGGGACGGGCAUCUGACUACAAACCCGUCGGCAGGGAGCAGCGAAGAGGCCUAUGUUCCCCCUCAGCUGUUCUAUAACGGGAAAGUGGAUUACUUUGACCUUCAGAGACUCGGGGGACUCCUGUCUCAUCUGAAAAAAACCUUCAAAGACGAUCUGGCCGUGAAGGCCAAUAUCCUCAUCGAUCCGUCGGAACUUCAGGCCAUCACCAUGGAUGACCUUGAGGAGGAUGAGGAAUCCACAGCUUCCACCACGCAGCGCCCUAUGACCGCUCUGGCAAUCGGGGGAGCCCUGGCCAGACACAACUGGCUCAGCUCCCCGACCCUGGGGCGGGCCAAUCGCUUCCUCAGCACCGCAGCCGUCAGCCUGAUAAACGCCCGGAGGCCACUGGGCCCCAUGGAGAGAGUAAAGGUCCGCACCCUGACGGUGGAACUGAGGACAGAGGAAGACAUUGAGGGAAACCACGGAAAUGAGGGAUUGCUGCAGGGGAGACCCCCCGAAGAACCAGAGCAGCCCAUCACAGAGAGAUCCCUCCUCGAGAUCCUGGAUGGGAUCGUCAUGAUAUACAACCUCAGCGUCCACCACCAGCUGGGAAAGAUGGUGGGCGUUUCGGAUGAGCUGAAUGAGUACGCCGUGGCCCUGAAGGACACAGAUGAGAAGAUCAGCAGAUGUCCGGAUACGAGGAAGGACAUCUACGAGGAGUUGAUGAAAAGCCGGAAGGUUUUCUCGGAGAAGCUGAACCACCUGAGCCGUCGCCUAGCUUGGAUUAACGUCACCAUCUACUCCAAGGAGAAGAUGCAGGACAUAUACUGGCUCCUGCGGGUGUGUAUCCGAACGAUUGAGCAUGGAGACCGGACCGGUUCCCUCUUUGCCUUCAUGCCAGAGUUCUACCUGAGUGUUGCCAUGAAUAGCUACAGUGCCCUCAAGAACUACUUCAGUAUAGUCAAUAGCAUAGAGGAGCUUCCAGGUUACGAAGAGACUUUAACCUGCCUCGCCGCUAUUUUGGCCAAGCACUUUGCUGACCCAAGGAUCGUGGGCACUGACAUCAGGGACUCCCUGAUGCAGUCGCUGGCCAGCUACGUCUGUUACCCUCACUCACUGCGGGCUGUGGAGAGGAUUCCUGAAGAUCAGAGAAUAACCAUGAUGAGGAAUCUGCUGGCCCCGUAUGAGCAGAGGCCUUGGGCCCAGACCAACUGGAUCUUGGUGCGGCUGUGGAGGGGUUGUGGAUUUGGGUACAGGUACACGCGCCUUCCUCACCUGCUGAAGAACAAGCCCGAAGAUGCCAACCUCCCGAGUCUGCAGAGAGACUUGUCUGUUGCUAGCUUUCAGAAGCCCUGCCCCUCCACCCUGCUGCAGAGCCACAUGGCGACCCUGCUCCGAAAUGAUCGGGACAUGGCUCCCAGCUUCCUCAACAGCGUCCUCAACCAGCUGAAUUGGGCCUUCUCCGAGUUCAUCGGCAUGAUCCAGGAGAUCCAGCAGGCAGCCGAACGCCUGGAGAGGAACUUUGUGGAUACCCGCCAACUGAAAGUAUGCGCCACCUGCUUUGACCUUUCGGUGAGCUUGCUGCGGGUGCUGGAGAUGACAAUCACGCUGGCCCCCGAGAUCUUCCUGGACUGGGAUCGACCCUCGUCGGAGCUGCUGCUCAGGCGGCUGGCCCAGCUGCUGAACCAAGUCCUCAACCGCGUGACAGCCGAGAGGAACCUGUUUGACCGGGUGGUCCACCUCCGGCUACCAGGACUGGAGAGCGUGGAUCACUAUCCAAUCCUCGUGGCGGUGACGGGCAUUCUGAUCCGGCUUCUCGUGGACAGUGACGUUCAGUGGACCGAGCGAGCUACCUCGGUGCUCUUGGCGGAUCCGUGUUUCCAGCUUCGCUCCAUCCAGUACCUCCUGGGCCAGGAAGAGCCCGGGGUCCCUGGGGCAGCGCGGCCCCCUUCAAGCAGGAAGCAUUUCUCCUUGCAGACCUACGUCGACUACAUCAGCUUGGAGGAGCUGGACAAGGUGGAGCAGAUGAUGGCUCACCUGAGCGAGGCGUCUAAAGAGGCAGCCGCCACCACCUUGCCAACCAGCGAAGACGACCUGUGCCCCAUCUGUUACGCUCACCCCAUUUCGGCGGUGUUCCGGCCCUGCGCCCACAAGUCUUGCAAAGCCUGCAUCAACCAGCAUCUGAUGAACAACAAAGACUGUUUCUUCUGCAAGGCCACCAUCACGGGGGUGGACGACUACGAGAAGCCCGCCUCUUCCUAGAAACCAGGCUCGCCCUAGCCCAGCCUGGUGGGCGGCAGCUGCCGGGGCCAAAUUAGCCGCUUCUCCGGCUCUGGGGUCAGAAAGAGCCCGUUCUUCGUAUUUAUAAGUUCUCUUUGGUUACUCUUUUCAGAACCCCGCCCCCGUCCCCCAGUCCUUUCGAACCGGCUGGCGUUACGGCCCCGGGAACAAGCAGAGCUGGGGCCGGCUCAGGUACC